AAGGACCCAGCCUGGACUGGGGUCAAGGGCUGGGGUGGAUGGCCCCUCAGAUCUACUGGGCUACAAAGCAGAUAUAGAUAAGGGUGAAAAUGGAAGGCCAGAAGUGAGGGAGCUGUGCCCCUGGCUAAAAUGGGCAGCGAAUUACCUGGAAUGGAAGGGCCAGCAUCUGAGGGAUGGAGGGGAGACCGAGUGGGCAGCAUGAGCUUCCAAGGACAGGGCCCCUCAAGGGAGUGGCUGGGAGUUGCGUGAAAGGGGCUAAUCCCGGAGUAGGAGAGCGGGCCUGAGGUUGGGCUGUAUGUUUGGAGAGAGCCCAGUGGCCACAGCAGGAGCUGAGUGCUAGGGGCAGGGAGGAUACCAUGUGACAGAGACGAGGGGGAGCAGAGGGUCUGGCAGGGGCUGAGGAAGUAUGUGGGUAAGACCAGAUCCAGAGCUUUCUUUGUGUCCUUCUGGGAGGGGUCACACUUUUUUCCCCAGCAUGCUAAGGGGAAGUAUGAUCAAAAUCAAAUCUCUCUUCUCCAUAUUAAGGAGCCAAAGCACAGAUAAUAGUAAAUAGAAAAAACAAAACAGGUUUGGGGUCCAUGCCACAACACAGUAUUUGCAUUUGUAGAAAUUUUUUUUUUUUUUUUAGAUUUAUUUGUGAGAGAGAGAGAAUGAGUACUGGGUGGGGGAGAGGGAGAGCGAAUCUCAAGCCGACUGCCACUGAGUGUAGAGAGCAACGUGGGGCCUAGUCUCAGGACCCUGAGAUCAUGACCCAAGCCGAAAUCAAGAAUCAGGUGCUCCGCAUCUGUAGAACUCUGAUGUUACCUCACAGAACCCGGCAAACUAGGACCACUUGUGGUUUCCGAAGUCCUGGGAAAUUAACCCCCGGUGACUCAAGCUCUGUCGAAGAUGCACUGGACACCGGAACACGCCCAGCCCCUCAACCAGUGGCCAGAGCAGCACCUGGAUGUCUCCUCCACUACCCCGUCGCCAGCCCACAAGUUGGAGCUGCCCCCGGGAGGUCGCCAGCGCUGCCACUAUGCUUGGGCACACGACGACAUCUCUGCCCUCACAGCCUCCAACCUCCUCAAGCGCUACGCAGAGAAGUACUCAGGGGUUCUGGACUCACCCUACGAGCGCCCCGCGCUGGGCGGCUAUGGCGACGCCACCUUCCUCAACGGCGCCAAGGGGGACCCCGAGCCCUGGCCAGGGCCGGAACCCCCCUACCCCUUGGCCUCCCUCCACGAGGGCCUCCAGGGAACCAAGUCCGGUAGCGGGGGCGGCUCUGGGGGCCUCGGGGGCUCCCCGGUUUUAGCCGGGAACCUGCCUGAACCCCUCUAUGCCGGUAACGCGUGCGGAGGCCCGUCGGUGGCGCCCGAGUACGGGGCGGGCUACGGCGGGGGGUACCUGGCCCCCGGCUACUGCGCGCAGACCGGCACCGCGCUGCCCCCGCCGCCCCCUGCCGCGCUCCUGCAGCCUCCGCCUCCGCCGGGCUACGGCCCCUCGGGGCCUCUGUACAACUACCCCGCGGGGGGCUACGCGGCGCAGCCGGGCUACGGGGCCCUCCCGCCGCCGCCCGCCCCGCCGCCGGCCCCCUACCUGACCUCGGGUCUGGCGGCGCCCACGCCCCUGCCUGCGCCCGCGCCGCCCCGGCCGGCGCCCACCUCCUACGGCUUCCAGGCUGCCGAGGCCGGUGUGUCGCUGAAGCGCAAGGCUGCCGACGAGGGCGCGGAGGGCCGCUACCGCAAGUACAUUUACGAGCCCGCCAAGGCCCCGGCGGCCGACGGCGCCUCCUACCCCAACACGGACAACGGCGAGUGUCGGGGCAACGGGUUCCGGCCGAAGCCUCCGGGGGCCGCGGAGGAGGCGUCGGGCAAGUACGGUGGCGGCGUCCCCCUGAAGGUCCUGGGCUCUCCCGUCUACGGCCCGCAACUCGAGCCCUUUGAGAAGUUCCCGGAGCGCGCCCCGGCGCCGGCUCCCCGCGGGGGCUUCGCGGUGCCGUCGGGAGAGCCCCCUAAAGGCUUGGACCCGGGGGCCUUGGAGCUGGUGACGAGCAAGAUGCUAGACUGCGGGCCCCCGGUGCAGUGGGCAGACGUGGCGGGCCAGGGCGCGCUCAAGGCGGCGCUGGAGGAGGAGUUGGUGUGGCCCCUGCUCAGGCCGCCCGCCUACCCCGGCAGCCCGCGCCCGCCGCGGACCGUGCUGCUCUUCGGGCCGCGGGGCGCGGGCAAAGCGCUGCUGGGCCGCUGUCUAGCCACGCAGUUGGGCGCCACGCUCUUGCGCCUGCGCGGAACUACGCUGGCCGCGCCAGGCGCCGCCGAGGGCGCGCACCUCCUCCAGGCCGCCUUCGCGGCUGCGCGCUGCCGCCCGCCCUCUGUGCUUCUCAUCAGCGAGCUGGACGCGCUGCUCCCGGCUCGGGAUGACGGCGUCGCCGCUGCGGCAGGCGCGCUGCAGGCGCCGCUCCUGGCUUGUCUGGACGGCGGCUGCGGCGCAGGGGUCGACGGCGUGCUGGUCGUGGGCACCACCUCGCGGCCCGCGGCUCUGGACGACGCCACCCGGCGGCGCUUCGCUCUCCGCUUCUACGUGGCGCUGCCCGAUGGGCCUGCCCGCGGGCAGAUCCUGCAGCGGGCGCUGGUCCAGCAUGGCUGCGCGCUGAACGAGCGGGAGCUCGCGGCCCUGGUGCAGGGCACCCAGGGCUUCUCCGGGGGCGAGCUGGGGCAGCUGUGCCAGCAGGCAGCGGCCGGGGCGGGCCUCCCCGGGCUGCAGCGGCCCCUCUCCUACAAGGACUUGGAGGCAGCGCUAGCCAAGGUGGGCCCUAGGGCCUCCCCCAAGGACCUGGACUCGUACGUGGAAUGGGACAAAAUGUACGGCUCCGGACACUGACGGCGCGCCCUAAGGCCGCGGGAGCAGCCGCCCCUCCCUCCCCGCCCCUCUCUCCCCGCCCCUCCGGUCGGGAGGUUGUCUUUAGCCAAACCGGGCUGGGAGGGGGCCGGAGUGAUGAAAGUGGGCUGGGGGGGGGGGCGCUGCCGGU